UGGAAAAAAUAAGACAUUCCCUGAAAAUAAGACCUAGCGCAUUUUUCAGAGCAAAAAUUAAUAUAAGACACUGUCUUAUUUUCGGGGAAACACGGUAUCAUUGUGUGUAAACGGUGUCGCUUCAGUGUUGAAGUAAAAAAAUAUUUAUCACGUGAUACGUUCUCUCGCAAUUGAUUCUACCCCACUAAACGGUACAAUAUUCUUGUACAGCAGGACACCUGGCAAUAACGGAUCCAGAUGUAGUCAAAGGGGUAACUCAAAAAUUAAAAAAGAAUGCUUGAAUAAUUAACAUGUAAUUGCCAUGUUUGGGCUGGAGGUGACUCCAUGUAUCUGGCAAUCCUGUACAUUCCCCAAAAAUAAGGGUUUGGUGCAGUUUUUCCUGAUCGUUCAUUAUUGGAAGAAUGGUUAUUGUAUUAACAUUGUAUCUCAAAAUAUCAUAAAAUUUAACUUUAUAUCCCAAAAUUAGAAAAUAAUUCUAUAAAUUGGUGGACUAAACUUUUAAUUUCGUUUAAAAUUACGAUUAAAUAUUUUUAUAACUCUGAAAUGUAAUUGUUAUAUUUAAUACCCCUAUUAUAAAAUGCCAUCUGUUUCAUAUGUAUUGUAUCGAUUUUCUCGAAGAUUUAAUUAAGUAUUUCUGAAUUCUUUCUGCCAAUUACUUAGUCUUAGCAUAUGCAAAGGGAUAUAUAAGAGAUAUAAAUCAAAAACAUUUUACUUAAUAUAGAAUCAUUGUGCCUGUUGUAUAUACUCAUUCUAAUGAUUUAUAAUUAAGUCAUAAAAUAACUUACUAAAUAAAACCGCAUCUGGAAACAAUUUUCUGUAAUAAUAAUAAUAAUAAUAACAAUAAUAUAAAAUCAUAAAUUUAUAAGAAAAUAAUAUAUAUAUAAGAUGAAUAGAGACAAAUUUUAUUAGAUUUUGAAUAAAUUUCUUAGACAUGAAGUCCAUUUUGGUAGUUGUUGCUAUCCUUUGUUUACUAUUUAAUUCGUUUGCUGAUGCCAAAAAGGAUUGUUUUGCUAAACCCGAUGCCGGCCGAGGAAGGGCAUUACUAAAGAGAUACUAUUAUAACUCUGAAACGAGUACAUGCGAUAUUUUUCUGUAUGGAGGAACUGGAGGAAACGGAAACAAUUUUCUCAGCGAAAGUGGUUGUUGUCAAAUCUGCAAACAUGGAUCUUGUUAAUUAACUCAAAUUGGAAUUCCAUAGAUUCAUAGAAAUGGUCUUGUACGUAACGCCUAGUAUUUUCUUGCUUUGCUAUAAUUGGGCUGAAAUUUGAAAAAAUUGUAGACCUAUAAAUUUCCACUGUCGUCUGUCUGUCUGUUUGUCCUUCCUUAAACUCGAAAACGGUGGUAGAUAAAUAAAAG